AUGACAAUGACUGAGCUCAAAGAAGACCGUAUCUGGAUCGAUGGCUGCUUUGACUUCUUCCAUCAUGGCCACGCUAAUGCCAUAUUGCAGGCAAAGCAAUUAGGAUCAGAACUAUAUAUAGGGAUCCAUACAGAUGAAGAAAUCAAAUUAAACAAAGGUCCCACUGUGAUGAAUUUGAAAGAACGUCAAUAUACCAUAGAUGCCAAUAAAUGGAGUACUAAAACCAUCAUAAAUGCACCUUAUGUUACACAACCUAGUUGGAUGGAUGAAUAUCAAUGCAAAUAUGUUGUUCAUGGAGAUGAUAUCACUACUGAUAGUGAUGGAAAUGAUUGUUAUGGGAUCGUGAGGGACCAGGGGAGAUUGAAGUUGGUUAAAAGAACUGAAGGUGUGAGUACUACUGAUUUGAUUAAUAGAUUGUUGGUGCCAACGACAAAGCAUUAUAUAAAAGAUGUGGGAGGGAUGAUUGAUGAGAAUAAAGUGUUGAUAAAGAAUUUUGCUAGUGGUGUUGAUGGGAAGGAGCUGUAUGAUGGUGUUUGGUUUGUUGAUAAUGAUGAAGUUAAAGAAUUGUAUUAUAAAGAGAUGGGGCCAGUUGUUUAUGUGGAGGGCAGUUUUGAUCUAUUUAAUCCUUAUCAUAUUAGUGUACUUGAGGAAUUGAAAUUGAAAGGAUUAGAGAUUUUGGUUGGUGUUUACCGUGAUGGAGUGGAACAAACGAGUAUGGAUCUUUUACAAAGAUCAUUAUGUGUAUUACAAUGUAAAUAUGUUGAUGCGGUUGUUAUUGGAAGAUUUAAUGUUAGUGAAGGGUUUGUUAAUGAAUUUGAUGAAUUGAAUCAAAAUGGGAUCAGUAAAAGAAUCCAAGAUCAUUAUGAGUUGUACGUGGAGAGACAACGUAAAAAGGGUGUUAAGCAUGAAUUGGAGCAAGAACUUGAAAAGAAUAGCAAUAGAUAA